CGCUGACGCACGUAUCACGUGAUGUUUUCGCUGGGCUGUAGUGAUGUGUAGCCACCAUGAGUGAAGCGGGGAAAUAAAGAUUUAUAAUGGCAGCGAGUGACGAUGGAGGCUUUGCGAAGACGCAGCGUUUCGUCGUGCUGAAUAAUCACCGGGACGAUACAUCGGAAGGCGGAGCGGAUUACUCGAACCAGCGAUUCUAUCGGAGCCACAGACCCGCAGCCAGAAAAAUGGGCCGCGCGUCGGUGUAAAGCGGAGGUAAAGUGACCUUUCAUCGCAUUGUCCCAUGGAAGAACGGCCACGUUUAUCGAAUCACGGCGUUAUGUUGACGCUGGAGGCGCAACCGCGUCGCACUGUCACCAAAACGGCCGCGACCAACGGCGACGUCUCUUGUGCUGCCGGGGAGCCUCCGUCCUCCACCUCCUCCUCCUCAAUCAAUAACAGCGGCUCCCGUUUGCACUCAACGGCCUCCUCUCAUUCUCAGACACAGAGAAGGUACCAUCCGCCUUACCAUUUUAAAGUGCAUCACCUGUUUCCGGAUGAGAGCAUCCCACAGGAUGCUGUUUUGAGGAAGAAUUUACCUCCCCUCCAGUAUAAAGUGCAUGACUCUGCCUUCUGCCGUGUACUCAGUGCUGGUACCACAGCUGCUGCCCUGGCCGCUGCCGCCGUCUGCUCCGGUGGCAUAGACAGGGACAUAUGGAAGUGUGGAUAUCUCCGAAAACAAAAGCACGGCCACAAGAGGUUUUUCGUCCUGAGGGGCCCAAGCAACCUGGGGCCCAGUCGGUUGGAGUACUAUGACAGCGAGAAGAAAUUCCGAAAUGCCCUUAAAGCCGCUGCGUCCGGCGUGACAUGCUCUGCGAAGAGGGUCAUUUAUCUUUCCCAGUGUUUUACUGUCAAUAAGAGGGCAGAUGCUAAGAACAAAUACCUCAUUGCCCUUUAUACUAAAGACGAGUACUUCGCAGUGGUGGCGGAAAAUGAGCAGGAGCAGGAAGACUGGUAUUUGGCCCUCACUGAACUUAUGACCGAGGGCAAAAAGCGGCAGCUGGACACUGACGAACUCGAUGAUGGUUACGGGACGAUUUCGCCAGGUACUAUUUUUAAGGAGGUGUGGCAGGUCAACGUUAAACCCAAAGGGUUGGGUCAGACCAAGAAUCUAAUGGGGGUGUACCGUCUGUGCCUUUCCGCCAAGACUAUUCACCUGGUGAAGCUGAAUUCGGAGACGCCUGCUGUGAACCUGCCAUUAAUGAACAUUCGCCGCUGCGGCCACUCGGAGAGCUUCUUCUUCAUCGAAGUCGGCCGCUCCUCUUCCAUUGGCCCCGGCGAAAUCUGGGUGCAAGUCGAGGACUCCGUGGUGGCGCAGAACAUGCACGAGACAAUUCUGGACACCAUGAAGGCUCUGAAGGCCUUUCCUGACUUCAGGCCGCGGAGCAAAAGCCAGUCCUCGGGGUCGAACCCCAUACCAUUCAUCACCACUCGGCGGCAUCACGGCAACCUUCCUCCCAGCCAGACUGGGCUCCAGCAACACUCCAGGACGGAAUCGAUGAUGGGCACACCACCUACAGGGAAAACUAAAGGAGGGAGGGGCCAACGUUAUCGGACCUCCAGUGAGGGCGAAGGCACCCAGGACCGGCCACUCAGCUCUGGUACGGGCAGUCUGGUGCACCUAAACACCCCCGUUCUCAGUGUGGGGCGUGAGGAAAGUGGUAGCUGCUGUGCCCACGCCUCACCCGGUUCAACCCAUCACACUCGCUCUGCUUCACUUCCUGUGUCUCACUUCCUAUCUGCGACCAGCCCCAUCAGUGUGUCCAGCAGCAGCGGGCACGGCUCUGCCUCUGAGACGCACACCCGCCCCUCAAGCUCCUCUAUAUGUGGCUCCCCUAGUGACGGAGGCUUUAACUCCUCAGAUGAAUUCUGCCCGAGCCCAUGUGACUUCAGGUACUUUCAUGCAAACUGCACCACCCCCGAAUCCCAAGGCAACACGCCGCCAAUUAGGGAAGAUUACCGGCUGACGGAAUACAUGGCUAUGGAUUGGCAUAAAGAUGGAGCCAGGACCUUCGAGGAGGAGAGCAGUUACAUGGAACAGACUUUUCUCAAGCUAGCACAUUCCUCCAAGCCAAAGCUGGGCAGCGGUUUAGGCGUCACGCAGCAAAAAGCGACGCAAACCUCAUCUUCUUUAGAUGAAUCAAGCCCUGUGGAGUCAAAACGACACCAGGUUUGCUCGUGCCUGCUGAAGUCAGCCUAUAAGUCUUACUCUGAAUUACAUCACCCAAACAAGCUUCCCUUGCUCAGCUCUGAGUGUCAGAAGAAACUGCCUAAAGACGACGGCUACAUGCCCAUGAUGUACACCACAACUCCCUCUCUUCACACAGAUUACAUCCCUAUGCAACCCAGAGCAAACCACCCUGCCACCCUGGACAUUCAUGCUUGUUCCUCACAGCAGGCGGACAGAUAUGGCUACAUGAUGAUGCUCCCCGGUGACAAUCCCUCCAACAGAGAACAGGCAGAGUAUGAUGACUACAUGGACAUGUCGCAAAUUACAGUGGCGGAAGGCUUUUCCCAGUCCUCACCUGAAGGUCAGAAAUCCCAGGGUUCCUACUUCUCUCUGCCACGUUCCUACAAAGCUCCUUCCCGAGAGAAACGCGAAAAGAGCGGAUACGUUCCCAUGUCCCCCGCUGAGCCCACAAGCCCACCUAGUCCUGGAGAGUACAUCCACAUGAAUUUUGGUGCCUCCCACACUGCUGUGUCCUCAUCCUCUAUGAACUUCCCCUCCACCCCGCCGCCCUCUCAGCCCUGCUACCAGAUGUGCUGCUCCUCACCAGACCAUGACUACUUAGGCCUGAACAUAGACAGUCUCUUAAAGGACCGCCCCCCACGUCACUCGCUCGUUGCUCCAUGGAACCCCCCCAACUACGCCCGGCCUUCGGUAUGCUCUUACGGCCAGGCGUUGGCUAAUUUUGUUCCCGAGAAAAUUCACAGUGGCUGUGGAGAUGCUGACAGUCCCUCGAGAAUGAUGCAGCACCUCUGUAUCUCCGAACGGCUUCCUCACGGUCCAUCCGAGCCCAAGAUCAUCAGGGCCGACCCGCAGGGCAGGAGACGACACAGUUCUGAGACUUUCAUCCCCUCACCUGGUUCCUCUGCUAGCGCUUGCAGUAUCAGGCUCUCGGCCAAUCAGAAUCUCCCCGAAGCUAACAGAUGGCAAAACUCCACCUCCUUCGAUAGCAUGUGGUCGCACUCGGAGGCCUCUCCUGACUUUGCAAACUCUGCUGCCGGAGGAACACGCCAGAACACCUCAUCCAGCUACCUCAACUACAUCGCUCUGGACCUGAGACAAGUGCCCAGGGUGACACACGACACGCCCCCUUCGCACCCAACUCAUAGUAACCUCCAAGAGAGCGAAGCCUAUGCUGGUAUAGACUUCUCCAUGUCAGGAGGACAUGCCACUGCCUCAAAAGAUUGACUGAGUCACAUGCUGAUGCCCGAGGGGAAUCGAAACAUUGAGAGUCCAGUGAACUCUGGAAUGCCGAAGAAGAAGCCGUCUCUUCUUCCUCAGACCUCCAACAACAAAGACUGAGAAACUGCACAACCUCUUACGUUCUGGAUUUCCCGCAUAACUGCCUCAACAACCGGUUCAUUUGUCUGUUUCUGAAGGAACGUUAAUGUUUUUGGUCUUGUUUUCUACAGUGGGUUUACAGAACUGUGAGCUCCAGACGUCUAGCACUUAUUUGUGUGUGUGUUUGUACCUUAUUUAAAGUGCAUCAUAGCUCUUAUGUUACAGGUUUACGUUUCUCCACCCAAAAUCGGAUAGAUCUGUGUAAAUAGGAGGAGCUUGUAUAUUGAAUAACAUUUUGUAUAAUGAGCCAGGUACUAAGCAGUGCCGUCCCAUAACCCCCCACUCCUCAAGACACUCGCCACACAUCGCACUCAGUUAUAUUGUUUUUUUAUUUAUAUAAAGUAAAUUAAUAUUUUUCAGGGAGCAUUGAGUUGCAGUGCACAUACUGGAAAAGGGUUUUAUUUUGUUGCACGGACCACUUCUAUGAAGACCACUUUAUUUUUUUUUACUUUUCGGUUGGCUUUUUAGUGUAUGAAAACAUCUCCUUACGAUACCGUUUUUCAAAUCUGAAUUGGAUGAAUUCAAAAGUCCAAGCAUUUUGACCAAUGCAAAGCUUAAAAACAAGUAUUUUCUAUGAGCACUUUUUACAUGACACGGUGUUUUCUGGAUGCUACCUCCUGUUCAUGGCAUAGAAAAAAUACUAAAAAAAUCCUUUUAGCCUUGCCUGUAUUAGUGCGAUAUCAAGUAUUGACGACUUUGAGGUCAAUUGAGAUGCAAAGUACUAUUAUUUCCAUGACCACAGACUUAUGGCUUUCAGUCUACAUUUAAAUGAAAUGCAGCAUUGUUUACAUAGAUUUGGAGGACUUUUAGGCCUUGAUGUAGCCACUGGAUACACAUAAAAAGAAUUGUUUACUAUUUCUUGAAGUUAACUUAUUUGCAUUUCACUACUAGUCUUAAAACUGCCACAUUACAGCAGGAAGCUGGAACUGUACAAACUUCAUGCUACUUUGCAUUACUCACAAGGUACAUCCUGUUGUUUUGUUUAAUUUAUUUAUUUAUUACAUUUUACGCAGUGACGUUCACUGUUUGCGGGACAGUUUGUAUAGUGCAUCGCUGGUCGUAUGAAUAUAGUACUUACUGAGAGGGGGAAUUCAGUGUAUAUAUAACUUCAAACCAACUCUUGGGCUUUUUUACCAAGAAUUAUUUGUUUCUUUUUGCUUGUACCUGAAAGCUUUAUAUGAAGACACGUUGGGUUGAGGUUGUGGUUGAAAGCUGUGUAGUAAGAUGUGUACGCUUUACAGUAGUAGUCCAGAUGAUGUUGGGACACGUCAGUGAAUUUUUCCAUUCGUUUCGGUAGCGGCCACAUUCUUUCUUUUGAAUAGCUUUUGUGUCAUGCUAUUGUGUCAUGAUAUUGCGUUGCUUUAAUGUAAGUAAAAUGUGAAAUGGAGAAAAAACAGUAGUAUACCGUUUCUUGGGCGUUUUUCUACACAAUAACUACAGUGACAGCCUGGAAAAAUAAUCAAGCUUGUGUUUUUUGUACUAGGGGCUCUACUGAGGUUAUAGUUUGGGGAUACUGAUAUUGUGCCGAGUUGUUUGCCUUCUUUCGAUGAUUAAAAAGGAAGCGUUGGGAAAAAGUAAUGUGCAGAGUCUGUGUUGACGAUUUGCAUUUCAUUUGGUCAGUCCACACUUUUGCUGAAAGUUUGUGAUUGGGCUGAAACAUGUUGAUGAUAACGACUGAAGCGAACCAUUAUCAGCGCCGUCUUCCUUUGUAAAUAUUGUAAUUUUUGAUAUCCCUUCUCUUGUCAACAUGCUACACGGUACCUCCUUCGGUUAUUUUCAGAAUGAGGCUGUUUUGAGAUUUUCUUUGGUCAGUUUCACAUUUUUAUAUUUUAUUUUUGGUGUAUAUUUAUCAGAUUAAGUUUUUGCUUGUAAUAGAGCUAUUGCAAUAAAAAAGUGCCAAGGUAUCCCUGACUGAGUUGUGUGCUCGUGAUUUAUCAUUUCCAGUAUGAUGCAACAUUGCUGUGGGCAUGUUAAGAC